GCUUGAUGUCGCACGCUGCCGCGCUCUUCGUCGCCUUCUUCCUCACCGUCUACAACCAGCUUGCUCGCAUUCCGCUUGGCGACAGCUGCGAAAUUUUAGGUAUGUUGCUGUACUACUCGUUCAUCGCUGCCCUCUUCUGGUUGAACGUGAUGAGCUUCGACAUCUGGUGGACCUUUGCGCCCCUUGUUUUCAGACACCUGCGCACGCAGCCGCCGUCCGAGCGGUCGCUGCGACACCGGUUCAUCCGACACUCGCUGUACGCGUGGGGCGUGCCGCUGGUGAUGACCGGCCUGCUGGCGUUCUUCAACUACGCGCCCACCUCGGUCAUCCCUGACGGCACCAUCGUGCGGCCCGGCAUCGGCGAGCGGAAAUGCUUCCUCGCCACCCCGGAGAGAGAGCUAUAUUACUUCUACAUACCGAUCUUCAUCGUCACGGGAGUAAACAUCAUCUUCUUUAUCGCCACGGCCUGGACGCUGUACAAAGCUGAGCAAAACUCCCGAAUACUUCAGCGGAAGCGGACCGCCCGGGACAG